AUGUCCAAAAGAAUCAAAAACAUCUCCAUCUCGGUACCCAUCCUAUACGGAAAUAGCGCCAGACGCCUUCUUCCCGAAGAAAAAACAGAGAAAAUCCCCCCAGAUCACACCCACCAAUGGACUGUAUUCCUCAAGCCGGUUCUAGACAACGUAGACCUCACGCCGCUCAUCAAAAAAGUCACCUUCAAGUUGCAUGACACCUACGAUACCCCCGUGCGUGCUGUAGAACAUCCACCUUACCAAGUGACGGAAACUGGAUGGGGAGAGUUCGAGAUUGUGAUCAAGAUCCAUUUCCACUCGGGCGCGGAAUUGGGAAUCAACGAGAAGAAUUUCCAGAUCUUCCAUGGGUUGAAGCUCCAUCCAUAUAACCCACAGGCACCGAAACAUCCGAACGGGGAGGUGUAUUCUGUGUUGUUUGAUGAGCUCGUAUUCCAAGAACCUACUGAAGUCACGUUCGAGAUUUUGACCCGCAAGCCUGCAAAUCUUCUUCCAUACCGUCUUUCCGAUCCAGAUAAAAAGGACCAAGAGUAUCUCCGUAGAAACGAGAUCGAGGAGAUUGCCCGUUUGGACGUGUACAUCACCAAGGUGAAGGAGGAGAUUGAAAAGCAGAGGAACGAGUACAAGGAGCUAGAGCAGAGGAAACUUGCUUUCCUGCAGUAG